CCACAUGUUCGGUUUGGGGCGAGUUAUUAGUUCAAAGUGUUGAGUCGCGUGGUGGUGGAUGAGAAUUAGGCUUGUCGAAAUUGGUUUGAAACUUCUGGAAAGAAAAAGUCAAUUUGUGACUCAUUGUGCUGAAAGGAAAACUAGCAGUAAAUCUUUCAAAGGAACGAAAGGGCAACACAUUUUUAACGACGGUGCUGAUUAUACUACACUUGAAUAGAAGUUAUUAAAAAGUAAUUGAGGUAUCUGAAAUAACGUAUUGAAGAAAUGUCUGUGAUUGGAAUCGAUUUUGGCAAUGAGUCUUGCUAUGUUGCUGCCGCCAAGGCCGGUGGUAUUGAAACCCUUGCUAAUGACUAUAGUUUACGUGCAACGCCUACCUUUGUCGCUUUCGAUGGAAAGAAGCGCAUAAUUGGCGUGGCUGCCAAAAAUCAACAAGUCACAAAUAUGAAAAAUACAGUGAGUGGUUUCAAGCGUUUGUUGGGCCGUAAAUUCAACGAUCCACACGUUCAACGAGAACUUAACAGCAUUCCAACGAAAGUGGAUCAACGUACUGAUGGCAGCAUUGGCUACAAAGUUAACUACUUGGAUCAGGAACAGUACUUUUCCCCCGAACAACUGACAGCAAUGUUAUUCACCAAAUUGAAGGAAACAUCGACAAUUGCUCUGCAGGCACAGGUUAAUGACUGUGUAAUCACUUGCCCAGCAUACUUCACUAACUCGGAACGUAAAGCAUUGUUAGAUGCUGCUCAAAUUGCAGGUCUAAAUGUUUUGCGCCUUAUGAACGAAACGACAGCAACUGCGCUCUCAUAUGGUUUUUAUAAGCAAGACUUGCCUGACGAAAGUAAACCACGCAAUGUUGUAUUCGUCGAUUGUGGCAAUUCUUCACUUCAAGUAAGUGUGUGCGCCUUUACUAAAGGUAAAUUGAAAAUGCUGGCAAGUGCAUGGGAUCAGAUUGGGGGACGCGACUUUGACAAUGUGUUGGCAGAACAUUUUGCCAAAGAGUUUUACGAUCGUUAUAAGCUGAAUGCCAAGGCAAAUCCUCGUGCUUAUCUACGUUUACUUACUGAAAUUGAGAAAUUGAAGAAGCAAAUGUCUGCGAACAGUACAAAAUUGCCUAUAAAUAUAGAAUGUUUUAUGGAUGAUGUUGAUGUUUCUUCGUCAAUGCAACGUUCCCAGAUGGAGGAUUUAAGCUCUCAUUUGUUUAAACGAGUAGAGAUGACGUUCAUUAAACUGUUACAAGAUUCCAAGUUGUCGCUGGAUGACAUACACUCAGUUGAAGUUGUCGGUGGUACUACUCGUAUCCCGGCCAUAAAGCAAAUUAUUGAACAGGUAUUCGGAAAACCUGCUAGUACCACAUUGAAUCAGGAUGAGUCGGUUUCACGCGGUGCCGCAUUGCAAUGUGCAAUCAUGUCACCAGCAGUUAGAGUCCGCGAAUUUGGUGUAACUGAUAUCCAAAAUUACGCUGUUAAAGUGAGUUGGGAUGGUGAGGGUUCUCAAGCCGGCGGCGAAAUCGAAGUAUUCCCAGCUUUUCAUUCCGCUCCGUUCAGUCGCUUACUAACAUUGAACCGAAAAGAUCCCUUCUCAAUGACUGUGCAAUAUGCACAAUCUAUACCCUUCCCAGAUCCAGUUAUAGGAAAAUGGUUUAUUAAAGAUGUUAAACCAAAUGAACGUGGAGAGCAUCAGGAAGUUAAAGUGAAAGUCCGCAUUAAUCACCACGGUCUGGUAUUGAUUUCUAGUGCUUCUCUUGUUGACAAGAAAGAAGAAGAAACUGCCAAUGCUGGAGUUACUGCCGGCGAGCAAAAUUUAGCACCUAGCAGUGAAGAAAAGGGAAAUGCUGGCGAUCAACAACAGCAAACUGGUAACGGUGGUGAACCUAUGGAUGUACAGCAAGAGGCAUGUUAUGAAAAUGAGGAAGAUAAUAAUACAUCAACAGCCUCAUCACCUGGAGGACAAGGGUGGGCUCAGCGGGUCAAAGGCUGGUUUAGUUCGGGCUCUGACAAGAAAAAGAAGAGCACUAAAUUAAUAGAGCUUCCAAUGGAAGUGAAGACUCAUGGUUUCUCAUCACCAGACUUGCAGAACUUGGUACAACAAGAGGCUAAAAUGAUUGCAAAUGACGCCCGGGAGACCCAACGCGUUGACGCUAGGAAUGCCCUUGAGGAAUAUGUGUACGACAUGCGUAACAAACUUCAGGGAGGUCCACUUGAACGUUAUGUUUUGGAAGCAGACCGUGAAGCCAUUUGCGCUCAACUUAAUGAUCUCGAAAACUGGUUGUAUGAGGAGGGAGAAGAUUGUGAUCGUGAUACGUACGUUAAUAAAUUGAAAGGACUUCAUAUCCAAACUGAUCCUAUCAAAGAACGCGCUAAUGAUUACGAGAAUGCUCCAACCGCUUUUGACGAACUUAACCAUAGCAUCCAAGUAGCGCGCGCUUCUAUAAAUGAGUUCAAAAAGGGCGCUCCUAAGUAUGAUCACCUCACAGAGGCCGAAUUCUUGAACAUCUCUGAGGCAGCCGAUAAAGCGCAGAAGUGGCUAGAUAGUAAUAUGGCAAAAUUUACACAAACACCACGCAUGCAUGACAGUCCUGUCAAAGUUGCCGAUAUACGUCAUGAAGUACAGACGCUGAAUGCUUGCGUCAAUUCGGUUAUUAAUCGCCCUAAACCAAAACCAGCUGCGAAGCCAGCGCCUGCGAAAGAUGCCAAUUCAGCGGGAGCGGGCGAGCAGAAUGGUGAGAAUGCGGAGAAAGAAAACGAUAAAACAGCACAUAAUCCAAUGGAUGAUACUACCAUGGAUGUGGAAUAAAUAAAUCAAGAACUUAUUGCUUUUGUGGUGGGGGUGUUUAUAGAAUGUAAGUCGUCCUGCCUAUACGUUAGGAAGCCAGAAAAUAUAGAACACACACGAGCUUUUUUCUGCUUGGAAAUAACAAAAUGCGUAUGAUAUCUAUCUGUGUUUAGGCGGGCAUCGAAUUAAAAGUGAAGAGAGAGUGAGAAGAGGGAUAUAUCUUCGUAAUAUUGCAGUUGGGGGCGAUAAUAUGUACCAAUAUAGCCACUGAAAACAGUCCGUAAAUAUUGAGAUAAAAAUAGAAAACAAACGCCGUGUGAAUUCUGUUAUUACUUACAUACAAACUCAA